GGCGCAAGCAUGCGCCUCCGGGUGGGACUCUUCGUUCCAGCCCUUCACGGCCGGCACACCAUUACGCUACCGGGGCGGAAAUGCCAUGGCCGGGUAGCCAGGAUACCCCUUGCGACGGACUGCCUUCGGGCAGAUAUGAUAUAUUUUGUAGUCCGCAUGGAAAGGGCUUGCGUCUCGCUGAAAGACCUGGAGCAUUACGCCUGGGCUGGCUGCCUGGUUUUCAUCGCGGGCCAUGCCUGUGCUAUGGCGGCCGUUAGCUAUGCCAGUGCGCAGUCAAAACAGUGGCGACCUGGCUCAGCUUGCAGCCGACCCACCCCGGCCCCACCCUUUUCGCCCUCUCUGGGGAUUUGUCCCCGGGGCCUGCCCCGCCCAGCCGCCGGCGAUAUUGUGUGUUUGUAUCCGUCGGUCUGUGCCAGCAGGCGCGAACAAGGAAGAACGGCGCGCCGCAGCCGGGCCCCUCGGCCCAGAAAGCGGGGCGGAAAAAGAAAUGGGAGGUGGGGCGGCGUGCACCCCGGCGGAGCAUUUCUGGACAGCAUGCCGGCAAGCGGGUCGCGCCGUGGCUUCAGGCCUUCCCUUGCCAUGCAUCGCAAGCGGGCCGGGCCGGCCGCCGGGCCGGCCGCAGCGCCCAACCUUGCAAAUGUGGGCCCGGCCCGGGGCUUGGGCCCCUCCCAUCUCGCAGGCGGGCGCGCUCGCCCUUUGUGUCCGCCCGCCCCUGUGUGCGCUCUUAUUCCGGUGUGACGCGCCCGAGGUAUAUCCGGCGCAGGGCGGCAAUGGGCCCCGGCCGCGCUCCGGCCCGAGGCGGGCGACAGGGUAGCCGCCCGGGCCGGCGAAGGAAGGAGUCGUUGCUUGGCUUCGGUAUUAGCGUUGCUGCACCACCACCCGGGCGGAGCCAGGCGCGCGACCUGUCUCGCGGAGGCGGGGCUGGCGCGCAUCCAGAGCGCGGCCCCUAUUCCUCCUGGCUGUUUAUUCUGUUAGCUGUGGCACAUGUGUGAGGGUGGGUUCAAGAUAGACCAUGAGUCAGUGACCAAGGGGACUGCCGGGGCCCUUCUGAUGUUCUUUAAUU